AUGAGCCAAAUAAGAGACAACAUUCUUCUAACUGUUAUCAUGUUCUCAGUUGAUGGCACCAUUACUCACAUAGUAGCAACAACUAAAACUGCUAAGCAGGCCUGGGACAACCUCACCAUGACAUAUGCCAAUAAAUCAAGAAUUAAGAUCUAUGGCCUACAUGCAACUCUAGCCAACAUUGUUAAAGCCUCCAAACUAGUGGCAGAAUGCUUAAGAGAAAUCCAAACCAUUGUUGAAGAACUUGCACUAGCUGGAUCUCUUCUUAGUGAUGAUGAAAUGGUGAUAAAAAUUCUUACUAGUCUUGAAUUUGAGUACAAAGAGAUUAGUGUUGUUAUACGUGCCCGUGGCACCCCAAUAACAUAUGAGGAGCUAUUUGAUAAACUUGUUGGCCAUGAAACCGUCUUCAAAUACAAAGCCAACAAGAAAGAACCAAUCAACAUUACAACUCAAUACAAUCAAUGUUCCAACAAAUCCAAAGGAGGCAACUACAAUAACAAUAGAAACAAUAAAUAUUUCUCCCAAAAUGGUGGACAACAACACACCAACAAUCAACAUUAUUGUGCCAUAGAAUUUUCGAGCGUCCACCUAGGAGUAUUUCGAUCAUUAGGUGCCUAG